AUGUCGACCACGACCCCCACCUACAUCCCCGCCGAGCACCUCGAGCACAGCGACAAGGACGGCUCGGCCUCGUCGCACCACUUCCAGCGCGCCCACCGCAAGAAUGGCGAGCUCGAGCUCGGUGUCACCGAGAUCCUCGAGGGCCGCUCCGAUGUCCCUCACCGUCAGGUGGCCCACUCUGCCGGUCUGGCCGACUGGUCCGGCCGUGUUCGUUUCGAGCAGGCCAUGCCCCGCCUCAUCCCCGCCCUCGUUGCCGAGUUCUUCGGUACCAUGUUCUACUGUCUCGCAGGUGAAAUGGCUACUGCUGGGUUCCUCAUCACCACCUACGGCGGCUCUCCCCAGGGUAAUCUCACCAUGAUCGGUUUCGCCUAUGCUUUCGGAAUCACUUUCGCCAUUGUUGUCUGCGCCACCACCUCGGGUGGUCAAUUCCACCCGGCCUUCACCAUCGCUCAGUGCGUGUUCAAGGGUUUCCCGGUCAAGCUGGCUCCGUUCUACAUCACUGCGCAGAUCGUCGGUGCCAUGGUGGCCUCGUUGAUCGUCGUGGGUUCGUGGCACGAUGAGCUGAUGAAGAUCACCGAGCUGUUGCAUGCGACUGGCAAGUCGGCUGUCAUCUUCUCUGCCGAGGGUCCUGCCGGCGCUAUCGCUCUGUUCCCCACUGCCGGUCGCUCGCUCGGUAGCAUCUUCGUCAACGAGUUCUUCGCCGACGUGCUCGUGGCCAUGAUCGUGUGGGCCAACCUCGACGCUGCUAACCCGUUCACCGGCCCUCAGGUUGCCCCCUACACCAUCGGUCUCGGCUUCGCCGUCGUCGUCUGGUGCUUCUCCUCGUCCAACGUCGCUGCCAACUCGGCUCGUGACGUCGGUGCUAGGUUCGUCUGCGGCAUGUUCUGGGGCUCGGAAUGCUUCCCCUCCGGCUACUCUGCUCUGGCUGCCCUCACCAACAUUCCCGCCACCCUCAUCGGCUGCGGUAUCUACACCUUCUUCCUCUCGGACACCCGCCGCCCCGCCGCCGCCGUCACCCUCAACCACAUGCACGAGGAACACGUCCGCUCCAUCGAGCGCGCCGAGACCAUGCACGCCGAGAUGCUCGACCAGAAGAUCGCCCAGACCCUCAGCCGAGGCGGCGACGCCAGCGCCCUCCAGAAGAAGAGGACCAACCUCAGCGUCAAGAACUUCUAA